AUGGUUGGUAUAUAUGGUGUUGGUGGAAUUGGAAAAACAACUUUGGCAAAAGCUAUCUACAAUCGAAUAUUUCAACAUUUUGGUAGUAGUUACUUCCUUUCAAAUGUUAGAUCAGAAACUGAAGCAUUUGGUCUGGCCAAGCUGCAAGAGGAACUCCUUCGUCAAAUUCUCAAAACUAAGGAGUUUAAAGUUAGCAGUGUUGCUGAAGGCACCAAUUUAAUCAAAUCAAGACUCGGAUCAAAAAAAGUUCUAAUUAUUCUUGAUGACGUGGACCAUAUAAGCCAAUUAGAAUCUUUAACAAGAGAAAGAGGUGGGCUACCAUUAGCUCUUGUGACAUUAGGGGCACAUCUGCGAGGGAGAUCUGUAGAAGAGUGGAGAUACGAAAUCCAAAAACUAAGAGCAAUUCCUCAUAGUGAUAUCCAAAAAAUUCUCAAGAUAAGCUUUGAUGGACUUGAUUGUGAUACUCAGAGUGUUUUCCUUGAUAUCGCGUGCGCCUUCCAUGGAUUUUCUGAGGUUGAAGUUACCGAAACAUUAAAUGCAUGUGGUGUUUAUUCUAAAAGUGCAAUUGCAACUUUGGUCCAAAAAUGCUUGCUCCAAAUUAGUGGUAUGGAUCAUGUUGUGAUGCAUGGUUUAGUGCGGGAUAUGGGAAGAGAAAUCGUUCGCAUGGAGUCACCUUGA